UUUUCAGUCCUGUUUUCCGGUUGUUCUGGUCGUCUGCGUCGGAAUCCGAGAUGUCUGGCCGUGGCAAGCAAGGGGGUAAGGCACGCGCCAAGGCCAAGUCGCGUUCGUCGCGCGCCGGGCUGCAGUUCCCUGUGGGCCGUGUGCACAGGCUGCUUCGCAAGGGCAACUAUUCGGAGCGAGUGGGUGCUGGCGCGCCAGUGUAUCUGGCGGCGGUACUGGAGUAUCUGACCGCUGAGAUUCUGGAGCUCGCCGGCAACGCGGCACGCGACAACAAGAAGACCCGUAUCAUCCCGCGCCACCUGCAGCUGGCCAUCCGCAAUGAUGAGGAGCUCAACAAGCUUCUGGGCCGCGUGACCAUCGCGCAGGGCGGCGUCCUACCCAAUAUCCAGGCGGUGCUGCUACCCAAGAAGACGGAGAGCCACCACAAGGCCAAGGGCAAGUGAGGCCUGCCGCCCUCGGGGGCCCUUUGACGGACACCAAAGGCUCUUUUCAGAGCCACCUACCGCCUCGAGAAAAGAGCCGCACUGAGCCCGCAGCCCCUUAAAGGCUGAUACCUGGCUUCCGCCCUCGCGUUUAUGAGCGCGCGUCCGCGGUAGACAAGGGCCCGAGUGAGGCCCGGGACUCCGGGCACUGGCUGGGCCGCGCGUAUUCGCGAGGCGGACAGCGGGUUUCGUUUACUGCAAGGGAAUGCUCGCCCACAGGUGGCCACCCUUGUUCUUAAAUCCCACCUCAAAACCCCUCCCGGGGUUUUAAUCCAGUCCGCCCUGAAGAUAAUGCACAAGAUUACUAGUGACUACUUACCUUUGAUUCAGAAAGCUUUGCGUUUUCUUAUGUCCUUAUCCCAGGGACAGUCAGGUUGAUUCAUCUGGUAUUAAAAGCAAUUGCAACCUUGUAAAAACUCACCAUUGAAUUUUAGGUAAAUUUGGGAUUUCCAUU